AGUAACUACUGAGCGUCUGGCGGGCACGUGGUCGGCAGCGCGCCUAAGUAUCCUCGAGAGUGCGCGUUUCAAGCUUGACAGCAUAAUGCGCGCUCUCGUGUUCCCCCGGAUGCGUGUUUACUCAGUCUCCUCUCUCCACCCUUGAAAUGAGAGAGGUACGGAGUGGAAGGACAUCAUUUUACAAGAAAACGGGCAGCCAAGAUCGAGACCGGUCGACAGACGAGAGUGAAGCACGAAGAGUCAAGGUGUAGUGCGGGGAUAAAUUGACUCGACAUCAAGGUCAAUUAUCUCUCUCUUAAAAAACUUCAGACACGGGGAAAUCACGAACCUCUGAGGAUGGAGCAGGCAUACGGGGCUGGCAAGGCUGGCGGCACCUUCGAUCCGAUCACGUUCUUUCAGCAGCCGCAGACUAUUCUUCGAAUAGUGUCAUGGAUCUUUUCCAUCGUGAUCUUUGGAUGCAUUGCUAACGAAGGCUAUGUGAACCGUCCAGAUGAGGUAGAGGAAUUUUGCAUCUUUAACCGCAACCAGAAUGCCUGUAACUAUGCUGUUGGGAUGGGAUCCCUGGCCUUCCUCUGCUGUGCUGCAUUUAUGGCACUGGACGUCUAUUUUCCUCAGAUAAGCAGCGUCAAAGACCGCAAGAAGGCUGUGUUAGCUGAUAUUGGAGUUUCAGCCUUCUGGUCUUUCGUGUGGUUUGUGGGAUUCUGUUUCAUGGCCAAUCAGUGGCAGGUGGCUAAACCAGAGGAUAACCCUCUCAAAGAGGGUGGAGAUGCAGCCAGAGCAGCCAUCACCUUCGCCUUCUUCUCCAUAUUUACAUGGGCUGGUCAAGCUUUCCUUGGAUUCCAGAAGUACAAAUUAGGCGCAAGCUCAUCUCUCUUCUCUCAGGACUAUACUGAUCCCAGCCAGGAUCCCGCAGGAGCUCCCACUGCAGGCACGGAGUACACUGGAUACAACCCCGACAUGGAGGCUAAUUAUGAUGGCUCUGGUGGAUACCAGAACCAAGACUACUAAGGUCAAGUAUAAGGAUUUACACAACAGCCUUAACAAGCUAGGCUGAUGGGGUUGCUUACAUGGGGAAACAAAAUAUGGGGUGAAAGGACAAACAUGAACUUUGGGCACUUGGGGUAGAAUAUGGGGGACAAAAGCUGACUGACAGGAAUUCAGGGGUUUGUUUGGUGCUAUAAUAACCCCUUGUGGAAUUUAUAGUGGGGUUGGGUGUUUCGAACAUUGAAAGGGUGUUUCAUUGAGUCUAUAAAAUAUAUUUUGCAGUUUGGGGACUGUGGCACUAGAUCUUUUUUUUGUUUUUUUUUGGUGCCACCAGGAGUUCUUGCCUUCAGUUUUGGGGUUAUGGGUUUGGGGACGAUUGGUCAGCAGAUGUGUCCAUCCUGAGCAAACCCUACAAAGUGUCCAUUAUAUAGGCUAAUACUGAACUUCACUUUGUUUUAUAACACUUAAUUCAGAUUUAUGAAAACAGAUCUAAACUAAACUGAUGGAAGUUUGUCUCUAAGAAACUAGCUUAGUAUUGGUCAUACAUGUGACAAAAUCUGACCAAACUAAAUGUUUCUAAAGACUGCAGUGUCUUUCUGUGUAGAACAAUACAUUAACCCUUACCCUGCCUCUAGAACACAAUCUCUAUUAAUAGCUUUCUGCUGCCAUUUUGUCAAUGUCCAAGGGUCUUAAAUUAUCUCUUUUAACAACAUCAGGUCUAGAAAUAAAUAAUUCUUUGCAUUGUUCACAUAGGACGUACAAAGAGA